AUGCGCGUGGGCAAGACGCUCACGGAGGAGGAGCUCGAGGACCACGUCCUCUACGAGGCGGACCCCGUCAAGGUCGGCGAGCUGAGCGCCUGGCGCAAGUGCACCAUCCUCGUCCUCGCGCGCUACCCGCUGCUGCACAGCGUCUUCUGGCUGAGCGUCGUCGGCUGGGCGGCGCUGCGCGCCACGGACGACAAACAGGCGCUCCUCAAGGCCGUCAUCGAGUGCUGGCUCGUCUAUUCCUUCGGCAAGUACGUCGUCACGGGCACGUGCGGCUUCCGGGGGUUGCGCCUGCUGCGCGGCAACGACGCCAAGCCCGCGACGCACUGGCGCGAGGAGGCCGACGCCUACGUGGCGGCGCAGCGCGACGCCGGCGACGCGGGCGCGGAGCUGAGGUACGAGGACGUGAUCCACGUCGUCGCGAUCCCCAACUACAAGGAGGACCCGGGCACGCUCCGGCGCACGGUCGCGACGCUCGCGGCCCAGGCCGACGCCAAGGAGGCGCUGGUCGUGGUCCUGGCCAUGGAGGAGCGGGACGCGACCGCGCGCGCGACGGCCGCGGCCGUCGUCGGCGAGUUCGGCGGCUGCUUCCGCGCGCUCUACUGCACGCUCCACGAGCUUAAGCCCGGCGAGGUCGCGGGCAAGUCGUCCAACGAGAACUGGGCCGUGCGCUGCGCGAAGCGGCGCCUCUGCGACGAGCUCGGCGCGCGGUCCGACCGCGUCGUCGUCACCGUCUGCGACGCGGACACGUACUUCCACGCGCGCUACUUCGCGGCGCUGAGUUGCGCCUACGUGAAGCGCGACGCCCUGGCGCGGCGGCGCACGUUCUGGCAGGCCUGCACCCAGUUCUACCCGAACUGCGACGACGUGCCGCUGGUCUGCGGCGUAAGGUACGCGCUGCUCUCCGUGGGCUUCCUCGGCCAGAUGGCGAACCCGCUCCACUACAAGCUGCCCUUCGCCGUCUACAGCGUGGCGUUGGACCUCGCCGUCGAGGCGCGCUACUGGGACCCGGCGGUCAUCCCCGAGGACUGGCACAUGUUCCUCCGGUGCUUCUACGCGACGGCGGGCGAGAUCCGCGUCGAGCCGCUCUUCUUCCCCGUGGGCUGCGAGUGCGUCACGGACCGCACGGGCCCGCGCACGGUGGCGGCGUGCUACCAGCAGGCGAAGCGCUGGCAGUGGGGCGCCAUCGACCUCGGCUUCAUCGCCGCGCGGACGGGCGACGCGCCGCCGCACCGCCAGCUCGCCGUGUCGCUCGCGGCGACGGAGCACCACCUGCUCUACCCUUUGAUGUGGAUCGUGCUCGCCGCGGCGCCCUGGCUCGUCAAGGACUGGGCGACGGGCUGGCGCUUCAAGCUCUGGGCGGGCUUCUUCGUCGUCAACUUCUUCAUGCUCAACGUCCUCGACCACGCCUACCGCGACGUCCUCGCGCGCGACGCGGGCUGCGGCGGGCCCCGCGCGCGCGGGCUCGCGGCCUUCCGCGGCGCGCGCGUCGCGGCCUUCGUCUUCUUCCCCUUCGCGGACCUGCUCCUGUUCGUGCUGCCGAGUUUGCACGCGCACGCGCGCAUGGCGCUGUCGACGCGCUUCGACUACGUCGUCGCGCCCAAGGUCGCCAUCUGCUGCAUGUCAUCAGUCCACUCGAGCUCCCACCUCCUCGCCAACCUGCCGCUGCCGGACGCGCCGCUGACGAAGCACGGCGUCCAGCCCGCGACCUACUCGGCCCUGCAGGACGAGUGCGGGUCCUGCGGCGUCGUCAAGGAGCUCGGCGGCUACACGAGCGUCCAGUGGCGCCUGGGCGCGGGCCGGCGCUGCAAGCGAUGCUUCCAGGCGGCGAUGCCCCUGACGCCCAAGGCGGAAGAGAUCAGCCGCAUGCUCCCCGGCGCCGUCGAGGGGGGCUACGGCCUCGACAAGGAGAACAAGGACGACGACGAGGACCCGGCGGGCCUGCUCGUCGAGGACGUGACGACCCUGAAGCGCGGGACGAAGGAGGCCGAGGAGGCCGCCGCGGACGCGCUCGAGCCCGUCGCCGCGUUCGAGGCCGCGGACGACGGCUUCGUCGAGGCCGCGGCCUACGGCGGGCCGAAGCCGGGCUACUACUUCGGCCGCGCCGGCGGCCGCCUCGGCUACCACGUGGACCCGCACCAGGCGUCGCGGCCGCCGCCGCCGCCCGGGGACGCCGCGGUCGCGGCCGCGCCGGCGGAACCCGAAAAAAACACGCACAAGAAGGCCGCCGCGGUCGACGAUGUGCUCGUGUCCGCCGAGCUCGUCGAGGAGGACGACCUGCCCGGGGGGCUGAGCCCCGAGGAGGCCGCGGAGGCGCUCCUCGACGCGUGCCUCAACGGCGACAAGGGCGCCUUGAGACGCGAGAACCAGAACGAGUGCGGCAAGUUCAUCAAGACCGUCGUCAACCACGGCGGCUGGAAGGCCUACCAGGACUGGAUCUACCGCAACCGGCCGCGGCCGGGCGUCGAGAUCAAGACGCGCGAGUCCACGAAGCUCAACCUCCCGAAGAACUUCCGCAACAUGGGCUAG